AUGCAAGAUCUCGAUGGAAGCUUUCAAUACUGUACAACGCAAGAUAUCUUGCGAUUCCUGCAAACGUCUGAAGGUUGGUAUGAUCUGAUCAUCGCGCCGCAAACACUGAUCGACGAGCGCCCGACACACAGAUCAAAUGCGAGCGUACUGUUGCGUCUUUCCAACAUGGUAAAGCGAAUCGAGCGAUUAGAAACACUCCUCUCCGAGUCCAACCCGAAUCUCGGGAGACCAUCUUUUGAUGGCCAAAACCAAGCGGCAGAUGAACAAUUGACUAAGCAGCUUUCGACGUUGAUCGUGAAUGAUCCUGGAGAUUCUCACUACUGGGGCUCUUCAUCCGCUUUCUCACUGUUCUCGCCACAAGGAUUGACGUGGAUAUAUGACAAGACUGGUUCGAACGAUCUACAAGGACUUCUCAGAACUCUCAGUAGUGCGCACGUACCACAGUUUGUUAAUCUCUGCAAGUCAGAGGUAACACCUGAGAGUAUUUGCCAACGAGACCAGCCCGAUGGAUACUUUCAUGGGUUCAACCGAUUUGUACCUCUCCUGGAUCGGGCAAGAUUCGAAGAGUAUCGACAUCUACAGCGCUCUGUAGAUCAUGACGGACAACCUCAAGAGGUAGCUUGGUUCGCCAUGAUCAACGUGGUCAAAGCAAUAGGCGCCAAGAUACCCAUACAGACGGAAUCGUACCGUGCAUCGUCAUCCGUCAGAAAUUCCUCUUCUAAUACGGAUGAAAAAGUGUUUUGGGACGCGUUGAGAAAUGCUUGCAGAGUCUACAUUGAGCUGGCCUUCGGGUCGCACAGUCUGCUUACAAUACAGGCAUUAGUAGGUCUGAGCAUUUGUCUGGAUAGCACGACCGAUCCCUUGUCUGCAUACAUGGUUCUUGCUUCAGCCAUACGUAUAGCAUUCGCUAUUGGCUUGCACAAGCAACCCUUCAUCACUUCUGACAGUGCAGCGUUAUUAGCAGAAGCUGAGCAGCGACACAGAGUCUUCUGGAUAAUGUAUGCUCUCGAGAAGGAUCUGAGUCUUCGACUGGGACGUCCGCCAAUGAUCAACGAUGACGAUAUUGAUGUACCUUUGCCAGCGUCAAUCCAGCCCAGCAACAACGCUCAGACGGCGUCUGACACUCCAGACCGACACCACUUCUUCUACAAGCUUACCAUGUUGAGCAAGAUCGAAAGCCGGAUAUAUUCGGAGUUGUACUCCAGCAAAGCUGAAAGCCAACCUGCAAGUGAAAGGUUGAAAAGUAUAGUCAGAUUGAAUCAAGAUAUCAAGGACUGGAGGUUGAAGUUGCUGCCAGAUGUUCGUCCUGGCGAUGUCCUUACUUGCUUGCCCGACGAACGUGCUGCAAUCGCCAUGUUGCAUCUUGUAUACCACAACUGCAUUCUGGCGAUCCAUCGUUCGCCUUUGCAUUCUGCACUCUGGACUGCCAAAGCCAAUCCAAUACAAAGCGCCUUGUCACAAGACCCGGAAGUCCGAGAGGUCGUCGAGUCUAGUCAGCAUCUCUGUGUCAACUCAGCCCGAUGGUCGCUCAGUCUUAUGAAGCAGUUGAAUCAGCGUAGGGAAGGCCAUGGCCGGAUCUUCACCAAUAUGUACUUCGCAUUCAAUGCGAUCACCACAUUAUUUGCCAACAUCAUCCAAGAUCCUCGUCAAGAAACAGUGCAAGCAGACCGAACAUUGAUGAGGACGACUGUUGACUUGCUGCAUUCACCACAACAAAAUUCCGAGCCCGAUAUAGUGUCUGCAUUCGGCCAUCUUUAUGGAAUUAUGGAUGGGAUGAUCUGUAGAAGUGUAGAGCGUGUCAGCUCGCAAGAUGCCGCUGUUGAAAGAUCAUCACCAAGUGGUACAGGGGUUGGGACGGAUCAUACUCAGCAAACGUCCAUCAACAGCGCAACUUAUACAAAUGAUCCUCAAGCUACGAACGAAUUCUGGGAUAUGGACAUACCAGAUUUCACUCUAUCGGCCAUUCCUGAAUUCAACAUGGCGGAUUUCAACUACCAAUACUCUCCAUCAGAUGAUGCCUACACCGGUUCCGAUCAGUUCAUGUUGCGCAACGAUGGACUUUAUCCUUGGCCAUUCACGGAGCUAGAUGAACCUCACGCCAACCCUGGCCGCUUUUGA